GUUUGCAUUUCAAUUGCGACUCAAAUCCAGUUGAACAGACAGACGUCCAGUUUCAGUAGCUGCCGCCGUAGGCUAUUUCGCAUUUCUCACUUCAAGUUUGAGCCCCGCUCAUAGCCAGACAGAGUCGCUGCGACACAGACUCUGAAUCAGUGCUAAUCGACAUCGCGUCGCGUGUGGACGAGUCUCUUGCUGUCUGUGAUUUAUGUGUGUGCAAGAAACGUAGCUCAAAUUAAAAACAAAAACCAACAGCUAAAAAAAAACAGUGUUCAGCCGCAAAAUGUUUGCGCUAUUCGGUGCUGCUUUACUGCUGCUGCUGCAGGCCACACUGGCACCAGCUCAGCUGAUUACAUUGCGCGACGGGAAGGUGGGCGUCAACUUUGCCGGCUUCCAUGCCGACGCCGGACUGGGCGGCCUGCUCACGGGCAACACGGCCCACGGCGGCCUCAGCGCCUCGGCUGGCACGCCCUGGGGAUCGCGUGCCGCCGCUGGUCUUGGCGGCGGUCUCAACGGUCGCACCGCUGGCGGUGCAUAUGCAGCGGCUCAGGCCAACGAUGAGGUUGGCGCCAGCGCGCUGCUUGGCGGCAGCGUGGGCGAACACGGCUACAUUGGCUCCGAGGCACACGCACCCGGCCGCAAGGCUGUCCACUCUAUAAGUCAUGGCCAGCAGCAUGUAACCUUGGGCCCCGCAACUGUUGAAGACACGCCCCCAGUGGUGCCAACAGCCGGCCCGCCUACCUAUGUGCAAAAGGUCAAGCCGCCCAAGAAGUAUUCGCUGAUCGCACAGAAUUCAGACCACAGAGCGACCAGUCAAAUCAAUGAAAAUCAUGCUGAAACGGCCGCAGUGCCGGCCACAGAGCAAGCGCCAAGCCCACUAAUAAUUGUCAAGCGGCCACGCCUACAUGUAAAACGUCUACGUCAACGCCAACGCAACGUAUACAUAACGCAAGCGGCACAGGAGGAGCAGCAACCACAUGAGCCGGAGACUGUCGCCACCGCCUCGCAUGCCGAUGAGCCGGCGAAGGCGUCGCCCAAGAAUGAAGCCAAGGUGGUGCACAAAUACGCACAGGUCGCCAACCAGAGACCACAGGGCGUCAGCCAUCACGUCGUAGCACCGCAGGCACAAGGAGUCGUUGGCCAGGCACUCGAUAUUCCUAUUGGCAUAUUGCGCUCCCUGCAGCAGAGCCUGGGCGGCUUGAUUGGUGGACAAUCGGCAGUGAUCCAGCCCAAUGGCCAGCCUCUACAGGGCUGAGUUCACGCAACGAAUAUGUUUAUAACUGUAAAAUGUCUUAUAAUCAAUAAAUCUAAUUAAGAGAUAAAA